AUAUAACGAUCAUGCUACAAGCUGUAGUGGAACAAUAACAACAAAACAAAAUACAUGUAGGCCUACUACUGAUUUAACUUACUUAAUCGUCUAUUAUUGCAAUGUCUUGGGAAGAGGUUAUCAAAGAAGCAUUAACUGUUAUAUUUUCAAUUGUAUUUACUCUUCUUCUCAUUGUUAUAGGUAAGUAUUUAUUUACAUUCAACAUGGCAAUAAAUUGAAUAAUACGAUUCGUCAUUCGUCGAUUACCGAUGGACGAUUAAAAUUUUUAUAAUUUAACAAGUAAAGUGAAUGAAUGUGACUCAAUCAAAUCUAUGAUACUAAUACUAUUACUUACUUUUAAUAUAUACUUAUUACUAUUCACCAUUCAUCAUCGUCAAUGAUUAUCAAUGUCGUCAAUGAAGUCAUUCAUUGAUUCAAUUGACAAUUUCUUAUUAUUUAAAAUAUUUAUUGGGGUGCCCCCCCCACCCAAAAUAGCCAUAUGCCAGCCUCGGGGGGGGGGGUCGCAAAAAAAUCUUAAAUUAAGUUAAAUUAUCCCCAUUGUAAUUGUAUAUUUUAUAUAAAUUGAUUCAAUUGACAAUUUCUUAUUAUUUAAAAUAUUUAUUGGGGUGCCCCCCCACCCAAAAUAGCCAUAUGCCAGCCUCGGGGGGGGGGGGUCGCAAAAAAAUCUUAAAUUAAGUUAAAUUAUCCCCAUUGUAAUUGUAUAUUUUAUAUAAAGUAAUAAAGUGCUGUCCUUGGGUGGACCACCAUAAGUUCAUAGUCAUAAGCUAUUGAAUAUAGGUCAAUUCAAUAAUUAAUAUAGGUCUAUUAUAUAGGCCUACUAUUAUACCUCUAUUAAAUCCUUUUUUUUUCAGCUCCAUUAUAAAUAAUUUAUCUGAUAAAAUUACAAGGCCCUUGUCAAGGGCUGAUAUUUUAUUGCAAUUUUCAUUACAAUUACAUCUAGUUCAAAAUUAAAAAUACAGUUGGGUUUUCCAACUAAACAAGAAAUUAUCAAGAAGCAAUGUUUACCAUCCAUCCCUGUGGCGCAACACCUCCCCUCACUACUAUCUUCCACUCAGACCUAAGUAAUGAUUUUUUUUCCAUGCUUGGACUACCAGCUGCUGUAGAUCUUUUUCCAUAUCAUCUAUUCAUCUGCCUUUAAGCCAUUUUCCUCUGGAGUUUUGGUGAUGUACCCUCUUUACUCCUCUGUCAUUUGGCAUUCUCUCUAAGUGUCCUGCGUAGCCUACCCUUUUUUAUUUCUGCUACUAGCGUGGGAUCCAGAUAUAGACUGUACAAUACAUGGUUGGUUCGUAUUCUCCUUCAAUAUUCUUACUUUGUUGGGCCGUAUAUUUUCCUGAGAACUUUUCUCUUCCAUGUGUUUAAUAGGUUUUCUGACAUUUUUGUUAGGAUCCAAGUUUAUGCAAUUUUUAUAUGGAUUCUAAACAUAAUCAAAUGAUAAAGUUAUAAAAAAUUAUACUUUUUUUUUACCUUUCAUUUUUUAUCUGUAGUUUUUGAUCCCGCAGGUUGGCAUGUAUGUUUUGAUAAUGUCAAGAAUACAGCAAAGAUUUUUUGGACUGAUUAUUUAAAAAAAAACUGAAUUAAUAAUGUAGUCUAAAAAAUAAUUAGCUGAAAUAAAAAUUAUAAAACAACAUUAAUAUUUAGUUUAGAUAAUUUUUAAUAUAAGAAUUUUUAUAAACACAAUCUUAUCAAGGGAUACCUAAAAUUCCACUAGCAUCUCUUCUUUUGCUCUCCAAUGAAGUGUAGGAUGAAAAAUUAAAUUCAGGUGUGUGCCAAUAGGGAUCCCUGCAUUUUGAUUUUAUGAUUUUAUCAUAUUUUCUGGGAAGGCCCCCCCCCCCCCCCUUUUUUUUUUUUUUUUUUUUUCUUUUUUUUGGGGGGGCCCCCCCCCCCCCCCCACUUUUCUAUCAAACUGACAAGCCACACAACAUAUUUAAAAGAUUAUUUUUAUAAAUUAUAAAUCUGUAUUCUUUAUUGAUUUUCAAGGGUUAAGUUGUGCCUAAAUUUUUUUUAGCACUAAAGUAGGCCUAGACCUGUUUUUAAACUUAGUCUCACUCUCAGGACUCAGCCCAUUACUCAACUCAAAUAAAAAGUGUAGAAUUUCUCUUUGUCUUUCUCUUCUUUAAAAAAAAAAUAUUGAAUAUUGAUGAGUGGAAAUAGAUAAUUUAAGUCAGUUAUGAUAAUAUAGUAUAAAUUUUAAUGUCAACUCUUUUCAGUGGCAAACUUCAUUUUAAAGUUCAGUUGUAGGUUGUACCUUACUAAAUCUCACAUGACUAGCUUGUUUGCUGUAUAAUUAUAUGAAUAUUAAUUAUUAUGGACAUGGCAUUUUUUUAAAAUGAUUUAAAAAAAUUUUUUUUUUCAGCAUGGAUGGUCAUGUGGCAUUUAUUUUUUUCAAAAAUAAGAUUUGUUAGAGAAAUCAUAUUUCCUGAUGGUGAUGGAAAACAAAAAGACCCAAGCAAGAAAGAAGAGCUACGGAAUAGGAGAGAAAAGAGACAAAGGAAAGAUUCCUGAUGUGCCAGAAUAUUUUGAUUUACACUACAUCAUUCUCUUUUGAAAGUUUUAAAAUUUGGGGUUUAAAUUCUGAAAAACACUGACCAUUAAAAAAAAUUUAAGAAAACUACAUAUGUAAAGAAUUUCUUAAAUUAUAUUUUAGAAGCAGCUAAAGAAAUUGUCAGUAAAAGCCAGUAUUUUAUUAACUACUUACAUUUACCAGAGAAAGAGCAAAGAAAUGUCUUGGUGUAUUUUUUUGUACUCUAGAAAGGCUUUACAAAACUGAGAUAAAAAGUAAUUGAACAUUAUCUCACAUUUAUUGUGUGAUGAUAUUUUAAAAAAGUCUUUUUCUUUAGAUGUUUACAAUCCCCAUGUCUUUAAUUUUUGUAUUUUUAGCUGUCCUAUUAUUCUAGGGUUGGACAAAUUCUUAAAAAAUUGUUCAAGAGCCAUAGUAUUUGUUUUAAAAUACAGGCUGAAAUCACAUGAAAAAUCAGGUGUCAGGCAAACAUUUCAGUUUCCAUUCAAGGUAAAAGUGUACAAAAUAUUUGUUCUCUCCCCAUCUUAACCACUCUUUGCUAUAUUGUGAUUAUCACCUUUUCUGCAGAUUAUUGAUGCAAUUUUGCAGACAGGGACAUUGUCCUUGUAAUUGUUACUGGUUUAAUUAAAAUUAAACAAUAAAAUUUCACAGAACUUAAGAACCAUUAAAGAUGCAGAUGGUGGAUUGAGGUAAUAGAAAAUAAAUUUUAUAUGGGUAAAAUAUUAAGUGGCAAUACUCUUGUGUCAACCUGGGCAUGUUAUCAUGCCCUGCUCAUUGAUUUAGGAUUUUAAAAAUAAACAUAUAGUACUUUUAACCCAAAAUAGGUUUAACCUUAAAUGUACAUGUUUGUAAAAUACCAUAAUUAGAAACUUCUAAUUUAAAAGUUCAAUAUAAAUGUGAGCUCCUUAAGAAUGUGCACAUUGAUAAGCAUUAGGGAGAAAUAGGAUGGAAUUAAAAUUUAACUUUAUAAAAAAAAGAUGUAUCACAUACCGGUAACUAGAUUUUUUUUCUCAUGUAAAUUUUUAACUUCAAAUUGAUAAUAAUUUAAAUUUAGGAAUUUAUAUCUAUUUUAUCAAAUAAUUAUCCAAUUUUUAAAACUAUAAUAAUCAAUUUUUUAAAUGAAUAUGAAAGUUAUUCCAAGAACCUGCAUGUCAUUAUAGACUUGCAAUGAAUGUAUUUCUGAUAAUACUGUGACAGUAAAUCUGAUGUCUACUACAGUUUGAGUUGGAUUUCAAAUUUUACAAGGUAUUUGUGAUUGUGGUAACAAAAGUUGUAAUUUCAUGAAUGUGUCUAAAAAUUAAUAUCAUGAUAUUCAGCUUUUUUGUAGGCUUGGAAAAUCAUUUCAUUAUUUAUAUACCAUAUUGUUCCAAGUAUAAGUCCACUCCUGAUUAUAAAAAGCAGCACCACUAGAGUUAAAAAAAAAAAUUAAAUAUGUAACUUUUUUUUGCAACUUUACAUUAGUUUUUGCAAGCUGCACCUCUAGUCUAAAUUUAAAGACUUGCAUUAGGGAGAAAAAUCAGCUUAUACUCAGAACAAUGAAGGAUAUACAACCAUUACACUGAUACAUCUGCAAAUAAAUUAGAUUUAUUGUUAAUUCUCAAUAUGCAAUACAAAAUGAAAAUUGUUUUUUCCCCCUCCAUGUAUAUUAUUGUGAUGAAUAUUUACUGAUGUUUUUUAGUAGGAAGGUAAUUUUAUUAUCUUAGUAGAUGGGAUGCAUUGUAAGGAACAAGCUGUUAAUCCUAGAUUCUUUUUUUUCCCCCCACUUGUGUUAAAUCUAAGGAAAUUUUUUUAUUUACCUGACUAAGUUUGCUGAAUGUAGUACAAGCCAAGUUAUAUUUGUUGCAUUAUUAACAUCCUUUAAACAACAAAGAUAAAUGCACCAUUUACUUUAAUAUAUUUAUUUUAAAUUCAAAUGUAUCAAAAUUGUGAUAAAAUUGCAUAGAGUAUUCUUUUCAGAAACUUUUAAAAUUCAUUCACCAUUGUUAUGGGUCCAUUGUUCAGCAGCAUAGAGUGAAAGUUGGAGAUGUGGAUAGUUUUAUGAUAAUAAUUGAGCUAUGUGCUUUAAAUAAAAUAAAAAAAUUUCUUGUUAUAUCUGAGCUGUUUUUAAAUCCCUUAUGUUAACUUCGCUUUUGU